AUGCCUCGAGAAAAGUCGGAAGAAGCGCAGUGGUGGUACGAAGCAGUCUACUCUGCGGUCCAACAGAUCCCUCACGGCAAAGUCACCAGCUAUGGACAUAUCGCGCUUCUGCUCGACUUCCCGAAACGCGCGAGGCAAGUCGGAGUAUGUCUGAAGCACUUGCCAACAUUUGACCCUGCGAACCCGGAUCAAUACGUUUUCCACGAUCAAAAUGUGCCUUGGCAGAGGGUGGUCAACUCUAAAGGUGGGAUCAGUCCGCGCGGGGAUGAUGGUGCAGGUGUGAACCGGCAGGCGGAGCGCCUACGAGCGGAAGGUGUCGAAGUCAACGAGGCCAGAGGCAUCGAAGAAAUGACCGUCGAUUUCAGCGUCUACGGCUGGUUUCCUGAUCGUUUACCUGACGACGUCAGUGACGAUGACACGCAAGGCGACCAUGGUGCGUAA